UUUAUAAAAAAGACGGUGAAGGCAGCAUCGCCGUCAGUCUUCCGCCUGUCGGAUACACACGCAGCUACGAAGUAUGGCCGCUUCUGUCGUCCGAAGGUUGGCAGCUCUGUCAGGGGCUUCAGCGGUGGCAGCUGGGGCAUACGGGGCUCACGGUUUCAAAAACAGCGACCCUGAAGACUACCAGAGAGUGCUAUUUGAAACUGCCAACAAGUACCAUUUCUACCACAGCCUAGCCCUGCUGGGUGCUGCCCACUCAGGCAAACCUGCUGUGGCCGGUACCCUCCUGAUAGCGGGCAUGGGGAUGUUCUGUGGCUCUCUGUACCACCAGGCCCUGACAGGGGACCCUGGUCUACGCAAGGUGGCUCCCAUGGGGGGCGUAGCUAUGAUCGUUGGCUGGUUGGCCAUUAUUCUCUGAACCAUAGCAGUUCACAUCUCCUCCACAGGACCAGUAUGUGACACUGAACUCUCAGACUGUUAAUGGAUGACCUGCAGAGCUUGUGAGAGUUGGCUGAGGGGGUAAAAGUGCUGAGUUAUGUCACCCUUCUAACCACUCCCUGUCCUGUCAGCAGGAGAUAAGGUCACAACAGGAUUAUCGCUGUUCUACCAUUGCUGUCUGUUUCUGACUGGUGCCCUUUGACUAUUUUGUUUGUGUUCAAAUGGAUAAGCAAAUGAUUGCAGUAUGUCAUGCAUUUUGUCACCUCAACAAUUUGUUGAUCUAACAUUUUCAAUGGCAUGUCAACUUUGUACUGUGAAAGAAAAUCACUAAUAGAAAUUCCCAAUGCUAUACAUAGGUCUGUGACUGUGAAUUUCCUUUCUUUAUUUUUACUAUAUUUUCCCCUUCUGCAGUAAAUACAGUUUAUAUUUCUGUACAUUUAUUCAGCAUAGGUAUGGCAAAUAGAGUUUAAUUAAAGAAAGGAAUAUGAAGGAUUUAAAAUGAAAUAAAUAAAUAAAUACCUUUUCUUA